AUGGCUUCUCUAAACAGAGACUUGUUUGCUAUUCGCACGCUCGCUGUCUUCAGCCUGAUUUCUGCGAGUCUUGCGGCUCCUUUGGAUUGUCAAGAUGUGCUCCGGCCUAUGGAUAAACUCAACCCUCGUGACUGGGAAGGCAUGUGGGCAGCGGUUGCAGACAGUGUGAGGAACAUUCAGCCUCCAGGACCUGCGCUACUAAGCGACAGCACAGUCCUGUACUUCUACAACUCCACUUUCUCCAGAGCCAAUCGCUUCAACUUAACCUGCUCUUACUUCUCCAACAAUGUCACAUUCGAAGGCCCUGACUACAAGUUUGAUGUCAAUGCGGUGGUGAAGUACAGCGGGACCGUCUUCUACUCGUCAUGUCCAGACUGUGUGGUGCUGAGCUUCAUUGUGGACUCGCCCUUCUACAAAUCACAGGAGCUGUGCCUGUUCAGCAAGAGGAGGAGUGUAGAGGAGACGGAGAUGCAGGAGUUUAUGGCUCAGGUGAAGUGUAUGAACAUGCCUGAGCCUUAUGUGAUGAAUCCAAAUGUGGACCUUUGUCCGCCCAAAGACAACUGA